CUUAUGUUCCUAAUAGAAAAUGCUUUACACAAUUGCAGCAGCAGCGAAAGCAUCUAAGAGGUUUACAAGAGGUUUAGUAGAGAAGUGAGAAUAGUGAGCCCAAAAAUGGAGUUUCCUCCUUCUUCCUCCUCCACGGUCUCACACGACACCGUUUUCUACACCAUAUACCCUAACUCCUCCAUCACAACCAACACCCUCCAAUCUCUCCACCUCCAAAUCCUACAAACCAUUUCUCCCUUCAUCACCGACUACAUAUGGCAACAUCAACCUUUCACACUCUCUCUCUCCAUUCCUCCAAACCCUACCUGUCUCUGCCCUUCCUCCUCCAACAUCCCCCACCUCCACGGCCACUUUCGUUACGGCGACAACCUCGACGACGAAUGGUUUGCCGUCUUCCUCCUCUUCCACAUCUCCAUCCAUUUUCCCUCCCUUUCCAUCCGCCUCUGGGACUCCGACGGCGAGUUUCUUCUCAUCGAAGCCGCCUUCCAUCUUCCUCGCUGGCUCAAUCCCGAUUCCUCUGACAACCGUCUCUUCCUCCGUAACGGAAAAAUUCAUAUCAUUCCCUGUAAACGUCUUCCUUCCCCUUCCCUCAUUGAUUCACUCAACUUCCUCACAAAUUCUGAGUCCGAAUCGCAAGCCUCUGAUCCGGUUCAGACCGUGAUUAUGAACCGGAUCAAAGAUUAUCCAGACCGGGCUAGAAAAAACAUGCACAGUGUUAGGGUUAGGGUUCCAGUGUCAGUUGCAAAGGUUCUUAAGCACGAGCCGUGCUUGAUUUCGCUGGCUGUGGAAGGUUUCUACGACAGGGAUAUUGAUGGUAUGAAAUUCGCGGCUAAGAUGGAGAGAUUCUUGGAGAAAGGGAGGGAGGAGGAGUUGGUGUGCGUUUCAUUGAAGAUGUCGAGGGCUAUGUAUGCGCAGCUUGUUCAGCAAACGUUUAGGGCUCCGAAGGUUUAUCCCGAGCUUCCGUGUCGAGACCGGAAGGAGGAGUAUGCGGAGGCGGAGCUUGGGUUGAAGAUUUCUUGUGGGAUGGAAAUGAUGUAUCAGCAGCGGAAGUGUGAUGGGGUUGAAGGGAAGGGUUCUACUUGGGAAGCGUUUUUGCAGAGCUUGGAGAAAAGUGGUUACUUUCAAGGACUGCUUCCAGGUUCCAGUGAGUAUCAGAGGUUGAUGCAGAAUGCUCAAGAGUAUUAUAGAAACACUUCUCUGCACUCCAAGGCCAGUGACUUGAUGAGUGCUCCUAUUAGACGGAUAGAUGAAAUUCUUGCUUUGCCUUAUUCGGUUGAAGAAUUUAAAGAUCAGGAGGUUCCUCCAUCUGAUGAUGAUUCUUGGCUUUACAACGGAGAGGAAGAAUUAAAUUCUGCUCUUAUGGAAAGACAAAAGGAGAUGGAACUUUAUGACUUAAAACACAAAAGUAAAGGGAAAGAAAAAAAGGGUCAAGAUACUGGUUCAAAUGCUGAUGGGUUUGAUCCUGGUGAUGUAGCAAAAAGCAUGCGGGCAUUUGUUGACAUGAUGUCAAGUUUCGAAGGUGCUGAAGCUCCUGACGACAGGAAUAAGGAAGUGGACCUUGAUGUGGAUCAAUUUUUCAAAGAAAUGGAAUCCGUAAUGAAGUGUCCAGGUGAAGCUGCCAACAGUAAUAUUGAAGAAGGAUCAUCAUCUGACCUGGACUUCGAUGAUUCUGACGGGAGUGAUGUGCUUGAAUCUGAUGAGGAUAAUGAUGAUGAAGAGAAUACUUUCAUGCAGUCUUAUUCUGAUGCUAUGAAUGAACAACUAAAGGCAACAACCCUUCAGAAAAGUUUUGUCCGAGCUAAAGAACAAAUUCCAAAGAAGGAUGAGGGAACAUCACAUGCCGCAGAAGAUAUGGAUGAGGAUUUUUCUCCUGUAGAUGUGGAUGUAAAUUUAGUAAAAAGCUUUCUUGAUUCCUUUUCUUCCCAACAAGGGCUUCCUGGUCCUGCGUCCAAUUUGCUUGGGCUCAUGGGGGUGCAGUUCCCAAAAGAUGAUAAGAAGGGCAGGUGAUGUGUUACUAGAAUUUUGACCAAUGUUUCUAAACUUGUGGAUUCUCCAACAGUGAAGUCUCCAGGUCAAGAAAUGUUGCAUAACCAUUUAGCCAAGAUCUUUUUCCCCGGCAGAGAGCAUGCGGGAAUGCCUGCUCUCGAGGCAGAAUUGCACCAGGUGUUAGCACUCUGAUUGUUAAGGACCGUGUUAUUUCCUUGCCUUGUUUGAGGGAAAAGCAAGAGAACCUAUAUCUGUAACAAGAUAUUUGGCUGUAGUACGAGUGGCAAGAGAGGCUUAGUUAACUGGGAAAUAGGAUAACAUUAUAUUGCGAAUGUAUAUGCAAAUCAGAAGAAAUGGUAAUUAUGUUGCAUUAUUACACACAAUUUGAAUUUUAUAUAAAUUAGACCCUACAGACGGGAUAUCUGCCAGGUACUGCUGAUAUUUACUUGCGAGAUCACCAUGUCAAUUUUGUAUUAUCUACCGUUACUAGUUUAUUGAUUACAUUUUUUAUUUAAUUAUGGAUUGUUACUACCAUUUUCUGA